UUAGUCGUAGAGAGUCGAAUGAAGAGAAGAUGUCUCAACCAUUAAAAAAUGCUCUCUCUCACUCCCACCAAUUUUGAUUACAAUCAGUAUGUGUAAGAAAGAGACUGAGGUUUAAAUGAAAAUUCACGCCCAUUGACCUGACGGCUGACGUACGUUGCUCAGAAGUUCGUUAUCAAAUCUUUAAAAUCGGCCGCCUCCUUCGCUUUCCAUUCCCGCUUCUUCGAAUUUGAUCGAGCGAAGCCAAGAUUAAGGAACGUCCUGCACCAGUUUGACACGAUUGAGAAAGAGAGGAGGAAAUAAAUUGAAAGGCAAUGUUGAAGUCCCUUGAUGAUUCACAGAACCCAGAUUCUAAGCCAAAUGAGAAUGACGUUCUGAGUUGUGCCCAAGGUUUGAUUAGAGUGUCAUCCCUUAGACAUUUUGAUCAAAUUAAUGGUGAAGUAGUGGCGGACAGUUUUCAACAGCUUUCCUUUGGUCCUGUCCAUGAAGAAGUUAAUAGCUUAUCGAUAUUCCAACCUCCUCUUUCACGACCCCCUAAUUGUCAGAUGAGAAAAAAGCUUCUCGUUCUUGAUAUAAAUGGUGUGCUUGUCGAUAUAGUAUCUCCUCCCCCCAAGGAACGGAAAGCAGACAUUAAUAUUGCUCGACAUGCAGUUUUCAAAAGACCUUUUUAUUUAGAUUUCAUGAAGUUCUGCUUUGAGAGAUUUGAAAUUGGCAUAUGGUCAUCAAGAAACAGGAAGAAUAUAUCAAGAAUGGUUGAUUAUUUGUUGGGAGACAUGAAGCACAAAUUAUUAUUUUGUUGGGAUCUAUCACACUGUGCUGCUUCAAAAUUUAAGACUCUCGAAAACAAGCAUAAACGUCUAGUUUUCAAGCAACUAAGGAGACUUUGGGAGAAGCAGGACCCAAAUCUUCCGUGGAAAGAGGGAGAGUACAAUGAAUCGAAUACGUUGUUGCUGGACGAUUCUCCAUACAAAUCAUUGCUUAAUCCUCCACACUCUGCAGUUUUUCCAUAUUCCUACACGUUUCUGGAUGAAGAAAAAGAUACUUCACUUGGUACAUGUGGGGAUCUUAGAAUUUAUUUGGAAGGCUUGGCUGAAGCUGAAAAUGUACAGAAGUAUGUGGGUCAAAACCCAUUUGGUCAAAGUCCUAUUUCAGAAGGAAGUGCAUCUUGGGACUUCUAUCACAUGGUUUUGGAUAAUUAUGACUCAUUUCCAUCAACUAUUUGAUUUCUUUUUCUCCUAUAGUUUGGGUAACAUUAUAAACUUAGAAAAGAAAAAGAAAGUUAGAAUUUAGUCUUUGAUAAAAUUUUCGUUAAUUUUAUCGACUAAUUAUGGACUCUUAUCUAAAAAAAAAGUUAUAUAACUUUUAAAAUGAUUGGACUAAAUUCAAACAUAUUCAAACUUUUUCUAAACAUAGGGACCAAAAUGUGAAACUAAUCUCUUUUUUUUAUUCUUUUAAUUGUUAAUUUGAAAGUGUGUAAGUUGUGAAGCAAUGUUGUAUUAAGUGAACGAUGGACUUUAAUCUUUUAUUACCAAAAUGAUAGAAAGUUGCCAUAUUCUUGCAA